AUGGAUGUAGAAGGAAUUAUAUUUGAUCAAUGUACUCUUUCAUUAGAUGAGAGUGAUUUAAAAAUUAAAAAAAUGAUGCGAUUGAAUACAGAAGAUAGAAGUCUUAUCAAAUGUUUAAAAUUAAUAAAUACUGGAUUAGUUGGACUCAAUAAGUUUAAAAUAUCAAUAUGCCCUCAAAUACUUCAACACUUUAAAGAGGCAUAUAAGUCAUUAUUACUUUUACCAGAAACAAGUUUUUCAACACAACAAAUUAUUACUACAACAUUAUUAAUUAGAAUUAAUGAAUUAAAAAUUAUUAAUAAAGUUGUUGCUCAAUUAAAAAGAGGUGAAAUACCAAUUGUUUUUAUUGAUAAAAUUGAUCAAGAAAUUAUUCGAUUACAAGAGUUAAAUACAGAAAUUCUUCAGUUUCAUAUUAAACAAGUGUUAUCUGAAUUAAUUCUUAUUAGAAGUGUUAUUACUAUUGCUAAAGCAGUAAGUAUUUUUGAUAUUAAUUUGCUUCAUUCAACAAUGAAAGACGUUGAUACUACAAGAAUGAAUAUUAUUUCAACUAUUACAGAAAUUUUUUGUGGUGAUCCAAUUAAAGUUAAACAAAUGUUAAAUACAUUUUAUUCAUUUGAAUGGAAUAAUUUUAUUAAUAAAUGUCUUGAUCUAUGUAUUAGAAGAGGAGAUAUUUUAUUAGGUCCUCCUAAUUUACAAUUGUUUAAAUCACUUGAACUUUUUGAGUCAUUUCGUUUAAGGUGGAAAGGUAAUUUUAUUAUUCUUCAUUCUAUCUCUUCUCUUAUAAAUAUAAAUAAUACACUCAAAUGUUUUAUUGAUAAUUCAUAUGGAAAUCCAUCUCAUCCAAUAAGUUUGAUAUAUCCAGAAAGUUUUAUUGAUGAAUAUGAAUAUUGGAUUCCUUCAAUCCUUGCUACUAUAGUCUCUGCUAGUGAUUUUUCUUCUUAUCUUGUAGAAGAAGAACGAAAAGAGCUUCGAUCUUUUAUAAUAGUAAAAUGUGAUAACGUAUAUUUUAUUUGGUGUGGACAUUUUAUCACUCAACAAAUUGAUGUGAUAGCAGCGCAGUUUGAUGAGAUGAUUAAACAAUUGUAUUAUUUAUCGGAUUUGUAA